AUGGCCAGAACAUUAGCGCUUCCGUUGCUGGUAACGGUGGCGUCGGUGGUGAUAUUCGGCACCGGCGUACCGUGCGCCAGUGGCGCAUCAUCGAUCACGGUCGAGAAGUCCGCGUACAAAAACGUCGUCAUCGAGAUCCGGGAUAAUGUCCCGGUGGACAACUGCCAAACGAUACUGCAGAAUCUGGAGAUUAUGCUAACGUCCGCGUCGCAGUAUCUCUUCAAUGCACUCGACAGCCGGGUGUACUUCGGUGAAGUGUCCGUGAUCUUGCCGAACCAUUGGCCCCAGUCGUGCAUACCCUACAACCAAACGCGCACCUCAGCGAGCGGCGAAACGGCGGACGUUACGAUCCGACCCCACACCAAGGCCGAACCCUCGAUCUGGACGCAGCAGUACGCCGGAUGUGGCGAGUCGGGCGAACAGAUCUACGUCGAUCCGGAGAUCCUGGGCCGCGAAACGAUCUGGCGGGAGUUUAUCCGCGAGUGGGCCAAGUACCGGUACGGGGUGUUCGAUGAGAUCGGGUACGAUCGCGACCCGGUCUAUCCGCGCUGCUACAUCAACGACGAGCACAAGGUGAAGCUGACCGGCUGCUCGGACGCACCGGUCAACGAUGAGGGUCUGUGCGGUAGCCCGUCCUCCCCGGUACCGGUCCCGUACAACAUUAGCCGCGUGCUGGACCCGAACGCGCGCACCAGCAUCAUGUUUGCGGCAGAAUCCAAGAGCGUCACGAUGUUCUGCGACGAAGGCACCCACAACCGGUACGCACCGACCAAGCACAACCAGAUGUGCGAUCGCCGCAGCACGUACGACGUGAUACUGAAGCAUUCGGACUUUGCGCCACAAAAUCAGAUGGAGUUUAACCCGUCGGUGAUCAUCAACACCGUGCCAAAGUUUAGCUACAAGUCGCGCAAACUGACGCGCUACGUCGUCGUGAUUGGGCAGACGUUUGUGAUGCGGGAACGGGAGACUUGGAGCUUCCUGCGGCGUGCCAUACGCAAGUGGAUCGUGUACGAUCUGCCGGCGACGAAGACGGAGAUCGGAAUCGCCCUUGCGAACGAUACGGCAACGUACGACAUGCUGCCGAUCACUUCGCUGCAGAUCGAGAAGAACAAGGACCGCAUCGCGUCCUUCAUCCCGUACACCCCGAGCGACCUGAACCGGCCAACCUGUCUGAGUUGCGGCAUCUCCGACGCCAUCCACAUGCUGAACGAACAGACGCGCCACCACGGUCCGGCCAACUCGAUCAUACUGGUGAUCGCGCCCGGCAUGGACAUCGAGCACGAAUCGCUGGCACGGUCGGCCCGUGCCUCCAAAAUACGCAUCGCCACCAUCAACUACCCGAUAGUGGAGCCACGGCGACCGCUCGACCCGCUGGCGCACGAAACCGGCGGUAGCGCCUACUCCGUGUUCGAGUGUCGCGACAAUUCGGAGAAAUCGCUCGUCACCACGUACUUCGAGCUGUCGAACGCGCUGUACAACAUCGGCAAACUGUACUACGAGGGCAAUCGUAACGAAUUCCCGGUAGAAAUCUUCCGCCGCGUGCUGAUUGACUCGGUGGGCGAAACCAAUUCGCAGCGCAGCAGUCGCACCGUGACCGGGAACUUUAUGCUCGAUCCGUUCAUGGGCCCACCGGCGGAGUUCUUCAUCUACGUGCACAACUCGGAGAAUCCGCUCGUGUCUAACGUGCGCCUGACGAAUCCUAAUGGCAUCGUGUACUCGUCGAUGAGCGAUGCGCGUGCUUCGAUGCGGCAAUUGUCGCUGUUGUCCACGAUCAACGAGACCGGCAUCUGGAACUACUCGAUCGAACGGUUCCAGGGCAAUCCGCAGCCACACUACGUGCAGGUGAUCGCAACUCCGCGCUCCAAGUACGCACCGGUUAUAACGGCCCGGGCCUGGGUGCAUCGCAGCAAGGCCGGUGGUCCGAUCGUGCUGUUCGCGGAAGUGAAGAAGGGAGAUCUGCCGGUAGUGUCGGCACAGGUCGAAGUCACCGUCACCAAGCUGGAGCGCAUCUGCGAACGCUUCCGCGAAACAACCGUGCAGAGCGACGAACGAUUCGUGCUGCUGGACACCGGUGCCGGUGAUCCGGACAUCACCAAGGGCGAUGGAGUCUACUCGCGGUACUUCAAUGCGGAUGAGUUCGGUGGGCCGGGUACAUACCAGCUGGAGGUCACGGUUAGUGAUCGCGGCAACACGGCCUACACGCUUGCGGAUGGUGCCAGUUACACCGCCACGUCUAACUCGCAACCGGGACGUUGCUGCGGUAGUUCGGUGCCAAUUCCCCAGAAGCAAUCGCUCGACUCGUUCGAACGCAUUCUACCCCCGAUGACGGUGUUCGUUAGCCAGGCGGAUCUGAUCAACGCCGCCAAAGUUCCGGUCGGGCGUAUCAGCGAUCUCAGUGCGGACGUAGAAGGCAUGAAGGUACGGCUCAGCUGGACCUCUCCAGACAUGGGCGGCAAGAAUGUGGCCCGGUACGAGGUGAAGUAUGCAACCACGAUCAAGGACAUUGUGGACAACUUUGAUACGGCCGCCGUACUGUGGCACCACGACACACCGUUUACGUUCUCCAUCGGUGAGGGUAGCGAGUUUACGAUGAACAUUACGCACGAACCGCACCUAUUCGGCCAGAUCCUGUACUUUGCCGUCCGCCCGUAUGCUACGCUCACGAAGGACGCUGAACCGGGACCGAUCUCGAACUAUGUGCGAGCGUUUGUGACGAAACCGAAGCCGACGACGCUGUACCCGCCGUCCAGCACGGGCGGUACGGAAAGCUACGACUCCAUCUGGUCCUCGUACGAUGGCAUCGCGAAGAAUGGCGAUGACAGCAUGGACAUUAUUCCGCGCAUUGCCAAGAGCAUGGACCUUGGCCCCGAGCUGCUGCUGCCCAUCAUUGCCGGGAUCAUACUGCUGUGUGCGCUCAUCUUCAUCUACUGCUGGUUCUGCGUGAUCAAGAAACGGCACGACACGCACGAUGACGAGCAGAAGAAGCCGAUCAAAUCGUUCAAAAGCGACACGAAGCUCACCACAAGCCACAGCGUGAUCGUGACGGCAGCUGGCAACGGUUCGUCACCUUCCUCCAACUCGACGACAUCGUCAUCUUCGUCGCCGAACCAUCAGGGCACCAAUCAUCACCACGGUGGACAAACAACGCUGCCACAGUCGAACUCGUACGAUAUGGGGCUGGGUGAUCACCAAACCGUCGGCAUCCCGACCAUCUACAACAUCGACGACGACGUGCUGCUGGCCAAGAAGCGCUACAGUGCCGUCAUCAACAUGGGUCCCCCAACACACCCGAUGGAGCAGCAGCUGAUCGAGGAGCUGAAGCAGCAGCAGCACAUCAUCGACACGCAGUCCUUCAUCAUGCCCAACCACGGAGGUCCCACGGCCAAUGGAACGCUCGGACCCAACAACAACAACAACAACAACUGCAGCGUGAGCAUCAUUUCGACAACCUCCAACAACACUACGCUAACGCGCACGUACAAUCCGAACACGGGCACGAUCAUGGUCGGCGGACGUACCCUCAGCCCGUACGAGUCCUGGUCGGCUUCGCAACUGCUGCAGGAGCACGAACAGCAGCACCAGCGCCGCCAUAGCCCGACACUCAUUGACGACCUUAUCGACAAUAACGUUCAACAGCCGUUCUACAAUCCGGGCCAGCAGCAGGUGCAGCAGCUGCAUCCCCAGCACGCCCAUAUGCUGGGCCAGCCCGGCACGGACCAGAUGUCGCUGCUGAACAACAACCAUCUGAAUGAGAACGGUUCGCCACCGGUGCCACCACUGCCGAUCUACACCACCAGCCCGAGCGUUGGUGCGGCGACGGGAGCGGCCGUCGGUAAUACGACCUCGUACGUGUACGGCCAAAGCCACGGUUCCUCGGUGAGUUCGGUAAACAGUGGGCUCGGCCCGAUACCCAACGGGGGCUCCACGAUAAGCGGUACGGACACGAAGAAGCGACGCAAUGUCACCAUGGUCUAAGGUGACUGUAGAGGGGCAUUGGAGGUGGAACGCGACACCGUCACAGCAACCGAUGCAGGCAACAGAGAGACUCUAUUUUUCCAAAGAAUACCCUUCCCCAAUCGUCCUGCUGCGCGGUGUGUGACCACCCUUGAACAAAACCCACCAAUAGUUUGUGGCCGCGUCCUGGCGGCUGUGGCGGCUGCCCGUUCCAGCGAUCCGCAAAACCCGGAACUCCGGAGAUGACUCCGGAGAGUGCGAUUCGUACAGUGCGAACUAGUCAACCAGAUCAAGGAGGAUUUCGUUUAUCGAUUUUACACAAUUCGUUUCAGUUGUUACGUAGCAGCGGUUACGUUUGUACACAAGUUAGGUAUUCGACCAGUGCCGAAGCCGGCGGCUGGUUGGUUUAUGGAUAAGUUUUAGCUUGAUAGGGGUUUUAAGCUUCGAUGAUCGAUGUUCAACUACGGAAGAGCAGGACUUGCCACCAAUCUCGCCACUGUUGGGGUCACAAAUGAUGACCCUGGCGCGGGAGCGUGAGUCUAUAUCUCAAGAAAGCUCACAGGCACAGAGCUGACAUGGAGAUGGAUUGUAGAUAAUUCUAUACAGUGGCAUUAGCGAAACUUCACUAGCCAUAGUGCGCUAUAAGUACAUCAAAGAUCAAAACCGAACAAAGGGUGGUAGUGGACAACCAAAAGAGGCAAAUAAUGCGAGCGACGACUUCAUAGACUUCAAGCAACCAGGGCCAGAAAGGACAUUUAUGGAAGCGAUCGGUGAGGCAUCUCCACUUCGAGCAGCGAGUGAUCGUGUAAACUACAGUGUGGCAUUAAUGAGAAAGGAAAUCUUAAGUCUGAUUGUGAAGGUGUACUUUGAGUGAUGUAGACAGCAGUAUUCAUAUGGCCAGUACAUUGUGCGUUUAUACAGCGUGGAAUGAAUGUGAAUGUUUGCUUUCGAUGGGAUGUUGUACUUUCAAACGUUUGCAUCCCAGACACGGAAUAGUAGACAGUUUUAUAAAUU